AUGCUGCUAAAGGCUCGUACGAACGGACUGGUUGUUUUCCUCCUAACUGCUUUCGUUCCAGGUUUCCACCUACAGAGGAACGGUAUCUCCAUUCUGCCCCGGUUGGACCCUGAGACUCGGUUUUACCGGCCUGUUCUUCAACACAAUGAGACCCUUCCCACACCUGGAAGCUACAUGCUGCGAGACUUUGAUGGAAGGCCGUGCAUCAAAGUCACGAUGGGAGCAGAGUAUGUGGUUAUGGAAAACAAGAUAAACUGGUAUUUCAACCUUGAUCCAUCCAGAGUUACACUGAGUGGUAAGUGCGGCAAAGAAGAAGCCCUUCUUUAUCUCAUGCUGCCGGAUAAUUCGGGAAGUCUGGAGUUUACCUUCAGAAAGGAUGAAGAUAAUUUCUAUGUCACCAAACUAGCGGCUCAAUUGUCCCCCCUUCCUGUUUGCAAAGGAUGCCCCAAUAAAACAUAUUCUGGGUUUCUAUCUCAAAAGAGGCUUUUCAAAGCAGAAGUUGAUCGGAGCUUCAAGUGCACAUCGGAGUUGCUCCUUUCUGUCUCUUCCGAGCUGCAGAUCAAGUUGGUUCCUCUGCAGAUGCAGGCCUUUGGUGUCCCUAAUGGACAGUUUGGAAAGGAGGAUGAAUGUUGGGCUGAUUUCAACCGGAGAGCAAUACCCAUCAUCAUUGGGUCCAUAGUACUGGGAUUCAUUUUGAGUGCUGUGCUAAGCUUCCUGAUCAUCAGAGAUCGCCACCCACCAACAUAUGAAAGACUCUGAUCACACUCUCAGAAAGAAACAUUGUGUUAAAAAAACAAACAAUUAAACCAAAUAAAUAGAGGGCUUUGCAAAACCAUUUAUAUCCCUCUGAAA